AUGGGGAAGGUAGCAACAGAGUAUUUUGAGAAGCUUUUCAAAUCAAAUGGUGUUUCUGAGACCAACGGUUUUUUCACCGGAUUUGAACCAAAGGUGACAGAGCAAAUGAAUCAAAAAUUGAUCAAGGAGGUGACUGAGGAAGAUGUUCGUGCUGCAGUGUUUGCGAUCAAACCAUCGAGUGCUCCAGGCUGUGAUGGGAUGAAUGGAUUAUUCUUUCAACAGUAUUGGGAGAUCAUCGGCCCUGAAGUGGUGAGAGAAGUUCAGAAUUUCUUUCACACCGGUGUCUUUCCAGAGGAGUGGAACUUCACACAAAUAUGCCUGAUUCCAAAAAUACCAAACCCGACGCUAAUGGUUGAUGUACGUCCUAUCAGUCUAUGUUCGGUCAUGUAUAAGAUAGUCUCGAAAAUUUUGGUUGCUAGGAUGAAGCCUCUAUUGGAAGUUAUUGUGUCGCCUACCCAGUCUGCGUUUGUUCCAGAGAGACUGAUAUCAGAUAAUAUCAUUAUUGCACAUGAGGUGGUUCAUGGCCUGAGAUCACAUGAUAGAAUCUCUAAGGAAUUCAUGGCAAUUAAAACUGAUAUGUCAAAAGCAUAUGACAGAAUUGAGUGGAACUAUCUUGAUGAGCUUCUCAACGCCCUUGGUUUUCAUCAGAUUUUUCGUCAAUGGAUUAUGUUCUGUGUGCGAUCUGUUACAUACACUGUUUUGAUUAACGGAGAAGCUCAAGGGAUGAUACGUCCGGGGAGAGGGUUGAGACAGGGGGACCCCUUGUCUCCUUUUCUUUUUGAUCUGUGUACUGAAGGGCUAUCACAUCAGCUCAAUGAGGCGGAACGUAGAGGAGAAAUCAGUGGUAUCCAAUUCUCUGAGCAAGGGCCAUCAGUUCAUCAUCUAUUUUUUGCUGAUGAUUCCUUGUUAAUUCUAAAGGCAGAGGAGGCUGAGGGUAAUGCAGUUUGCAAGGUCUUGAAGCUGUAUGAGCAGAUAUCUGGCCAGUUAAUUAACUUUAACAAGUCGGCUAUUACUUUUGGGAAGAAGAUUGGAGACAGUAUAAGAACCAAAAUCAAAGAGAUGACUGGGAUUGCGAAUGAAGGAGGUACAGGGAAAUAUCUUGGGUUACCGGAAUAUUUUAGCGGAUCAAAGGUGGAGAUGCUACAGUAUAUUCACGAGAAGAUGAGGUCCCGGUUUCAUGGCUGGUAUGACAAGUUUCUUUCGGCAGGGGGGAAGGAGGUUUUACUCAAAGCUGUGGCUAUGGCAAUGCCAGUGUUUGCUAUGUCAGUGUUUAAGCUACCUAAGAUCACCUGUCGGAAUCUAACUAGUGCAAUGACCAAUUUCUGGUGGAAUGCCCAAGAAGGAAAAAAGAAAAUCCAUUGGGUCUCUUGGGAGAGGAUGUGCCUUGAGAAAAAGAAUGGUGGUUUAGGGUUUCGAGAUUUGGAGAAAUUUAAUCAAGCCUUGCUUGCCAAGCAAGGGUGGAGAUUGCUUAUGAACUCGGAUUCUUUAUGCGCACGGUUCCUGCGUAGCAGGUAUUAUCCUAAUGGUGAUUUCUUAUCGGCUAGUCUGGGAUCUAGACCAACUUAUGCUUGGAGGAGUAUUCUUUUUGGUCGGAUACUGUUGGAAAAAGGACUUCGUCGAGAUGUUGGAUCAGGGGAGGAUAUCAAUGUGUGGAUGGAUAAGUGGCUGUUUGAUGAAGUUCCAAAGGCACCACUGAGGAAACCUGUCCUUUUCAAUCUGGACUUGCGGGUUUGUGAUCUGAUUUGCCCUCAAACAAAGACAUGGGACAUGGAAAAGCUACAAGAAAAUUUCUUUGCUGCAGAUAUAAAACUGAUUUUGAAACAGAAACCGGCUAUGGGGGAGAAGGAUGCUUAUGAGUGGGUGCAUAACAGAUGGGGAGCAUACACAGUGAAGUCGGGGUAUUGGUUAGCCUGUUCUUUGGAUCAGUCGGAGGUUCGUAAGGAGGCAUUGGCAAGACCUUCUCUGAAUGAGCUCAGGAGUAAAGUGUGGAAGGUCAAUACAACGCCAAAAAUUCGCAUUUUUUUGUGGAAAGCUUUAUCUAAUGCACUAUCAGUGACGGAUGAGUUGAUUGCUAGGGGGAUGAAGGUUGACUCAAGAUGUCAAAGAUGUGGUUUCUCGAGUGAAUCGAUUAAUCAUAUUUUAUUUUCUUGUCCGGCUGCGAGGCUACUAUGGGCACAAAUUGGGUUUCCUUUUCCUCCCAGGAGUUUUGAGAAUCGAUCUUUACUGGAGAAUUUCGCCUAUCUACUGGAAAUCAAAUCGAAUAAGGAGCUCCCUGAUGCUCUUACUCGUAUCUUCCCGUGGGUCCUUUGGAUGCUAUGGAAAAAUAAGAACGUUUUUGAGUUUGAAGGUAAAGAGUACGCAGUUGAGGCUACAGUGGAGAAAAUUAAAGAUGAUGCAAGACAAUGGUUUCAGGUUCAUCUCCCCACGGUGAACAAUGAGGAGACUUGUCGCAGAAGAAAUAGUAAGGUGCAGUGGAAAACUCCUAGUGCUGGUAUUUUAAAAUGCAACGUAGGUGUCGCCUGGACUAAAAGUACUAAAUUAGCUGGGGCUGCUUGGUUUGUUCGAGAUAGCAGAGGGGUGGUUCAGUUGCAUAGCAGGAGAGCUUUUAGUGGAAUUGACUCAUUAGUAGAAGCUAAACAUCUUGCUCUUGUGUGGGCGAUUGAAAGCAUGGCUUUUCAUAAGAUAAAUAAGGUGUUUUUUGAAGUAGAAGCUCCUGAUUUGGUGGGUGCGAUUACGAGACCUCGGGCUUGGCCUGCCUUUAGGGGCUAUGGUGCGGAGAUUCUUGAGGUGUUACAGAGGUUAGGUGAGUGGGAAUUGCAGUCUAUUUCAAGAGAGGAAAAUAAAUGUGCCUUCUUGAUGGCGAGAAGUGUGACAAAGGAGCAACGCUUACAGUCUUGUGUGGCACAAGGAGAGCCGGAAUGGUUGAGACGGGUUCUUGAUGAAGACAGGGCAAUGAGGUGA